AUGACUGAACCAACGACUCCUGCGAAAACCGGCGCGGAGAAAGAUGACGGACUCGGGAAAUAUAUGAAGAGGGUGAAAACCGUAUUGAAGGGUCGGAAUAGAGCAUCUGUCUCGAGCAUGACCGACAUCAUUGGUGAAUCCAGCAAGUCUGGAGAAAAAGCGACAGUUACUUCGUCCAGCAGCAAGCCAGCCGUCACCAGUGCGAGGAAGACUGCGACGUCAGAACCCGUCCAGGUUCACCAAUGGAGCACUCUCCAACAAGAGAAAGCGCGUGUUUUGUUCGCCAAGUACGGAUUGACCUUGGAGCCAGGUGAAUGGAUGUCGAAGCCCGCAGACAGGAACGUGCAGCGGGUUGAGAAACCAGUCCGUAUGAGAAUUCGACGCAACUGUCAUCGCUGCCUCACCACAUUUGGUGCGGACAAAGUGUGCGCUGGCUGCCAACACUUGCGAUGCAAGAAAUGCUUCCGCUAUCCACCUGCGAAACCCAAAGAAGAAUGCCAUGAGAAGGACAAGUCCAAGGCUACGGGUUCGUCCAAGAAGCCUGUUCUUACGAUUCCUUCACGCACGGGAGGUCAAGAUCUCGUGCGGAAACCGAUCAGACAGCGAGUGCGUCGCACCUGUCAUCGUUGCCAGGCCCUGUUCGUUGGCGAUGCAACCGUGUGCGGAGAAUGCGAGCACAUUCGGUGCAAGAAGUGUCCUCGAGAUCCACCGAAACUGAAGAAAUAUCCUGACGGUUACCCUGGGGAUGUAGAUCCACCUUUUGAGCGUCAAGAACGCGUAUGGCGGAAACCGAGACGACGGGUAAGGUGGACAUGCCACAGUUGCUCGAAACUGUUCCAAUCCGGAGACAGAAUCUGUUCAAGUUGUCAGCAUGAGCGGUGCGCGGAUUGUAUCAGGGACCCACCGAAGAAAAUCAAACCUGAGCCCGAUCCUGAACUUCUUCGACGAGUGGAAGAGCGGCUCGCUAAAGUAACGAUUUCGUAG